GCGAUUCUUUUAAGUUUUCUAAUUUCGAUGUCUACAGACAUGUUGCCCUUUUUACUUGUUGCCUCGGACUUAGAUGGCACUCUAUUUGACAACAACUGCCAAAUAUCAGACUACUCAAAACGAGUAAUCUUCCGCCUUUACCAUGAAAAGAACGUUAAGCUUGUGAUGGCCACAGGUCGACAUUGGCGGUGCGUAGAAGCCGCCAAAAACAGCUUGGUGGAAUACUUCAAGCGGGCCUACGCUGAACUUGAAAGCACAAAAGAGGGAGAAACGAUUCCCGAGAAGCAUCAUGGUUUCUAUGUAAUAUCCUCGAAUGGGGCACUCGCUCACGAUGAUGAGGGAAGGGUCCUUGUUGAACGUCACAUAAACCCAGAUAUUGUCAAAGAGCUUUAUUGCUCUUAUGGAUUGCCUAACACAGGCUUAAAGCGUAAGCAGAAACAGACAGAUAAUGAAAAAGAGUGUGGACUGCCGUCAUCCCCUGAUUCAUCUUCAGGGAAUGGAGAGAAUAAAUUUGGUGAACCUCAAGCAAAUGCAACUAAUGUGGAUGUAGGCGGCCUGAACGAGGAUCCGGAUGAGUUUUCGCUCGAAAAGGUGCGCGUCUCCGCGUACACAGCGAAAGAAUGGUUCCUAACUUCCCGAUUUCUUCCAGAAGAAAUGAUGAUGAAAAAGUUUGGAUACAUUCCUAUUAUCAUGGAAUUUGAUCCGAAAGACCCACGCAAUGAUGGCAAGAGUGUGCACGACUUAUUACCGUCGGAAGGGGUUAAUAAAAUUUGCUUCCGAAGCAAGGACCGUGCUCUACUAAGCACGAUUGAGCAGGAACUUCACGAGCGGUUUGGAGACCAAAUUUCUGUGGCAUUUUCCUCUAAUUUUUGUUUAGACGUUGGUCCUAGUGGAGUCACAAAAUUUUCGGCUCUGCACGAAAUCGCCAAUCACCUUCACAUUGACGUGAAACGCAUUCUCAGUUUUGGAGAUAGCAUGAACGAUAAGGAAAUGCUGGAGAACGUCGCCAAAGGCUUUCUCAUGGAUAAUGCGCAGCUCCGUCUAAAGAAGCUAUUGCCACAGUGUACGGUCAUCGGGCAUAACAAUGAUGACUCAGUAGCAAAAAAGAUUGAGGAAGUGUUUAACUUGGUAUAA